UCAAUAAAUGUCCCAAUUACUGCUGAAUUUGGAGGGAAAAACGAAAAUAAAGGCGAUCGCUCGGAAAAACGAUCUUUGCGAAAGGAAAUCCUCAAAUCUCCAUCAUUUUUGUGUGGAAUUUCACAAUAAUUAUGAGUUUUUGGAGAUCGGCCUCUCGGAAGCUAGAAGUUUGGCAUCAAUCAGCGACAAAAACGUGCUAAAUUCGAAUCGUAAAGCUGAAAAUUAUCAGAAAAAAUGGAAGAAUUUUGAAAAAGAAUCCAUCCUCAAAUUGAAUUCCAUCAUGGAAAAGAUCUCUUCUCACUCUCAACCUUCACAUCAUCACACGAACGCUUCAAUCACUCUUCCAUACGAUGCAACAAUCCAAAAAAUCGCUGAAAAAGAGAAAAACCUCAGCAAAUUGCUAAAAGAACUUUCAAUUGUCGAUUCUUCGCUGAAAGAGGAGAAAGCAAGCUUCGAGAAGACUCAAUCUGCAUUACUCAAGGAGAAGGGAAAAAUUGAAAAGGAUAAGCUCAUGUUGAGAGAAGAAGCUCAGAAACAGGCCAGCAUGAAUGCGGAGGUUCAGAAGAAAGAGUUGGAGAGUCAGGAGAGACUUUCUGUGUUGAAUAAGCAAUUUAUGGAGGAGAAUGAGAAGAAAGUAAAGCUCGAGCAGGAGGAGCUCGACUCGAAGAACGCUUAUAAUGAUUGCCUCCAAUUAAAUAUCCCGAAUGCAGAAUCUCAAAUGAUAACUGACCAAUUGGCAACACUCGACGAGUUUUAUUCGGAUCUCAAUAAUAAUUCAUCAAACGAAAUUAUGGCAGAGAUUCCGGAUUUUGAAGAGAUUAUCGACCUUUUUAAUCAAUUUAAAUCGUCCAUGGAGUCGCAAAAGGAUAUUUUGAAUACUUUGGCCGGCCUCGAAGAGCAAUUGGGAGAUCAUCAAUUGGAAAUCAAAAGCGUUCGCAAGGAUAUUAACAAGUUAAAGGGGCUUCAAGGGAAACAAUCGUUUUACAAGGAAGAAUUGAAGCUGAAAAAGUCGGCGCUUGAAGAAAUCCAGAGAAAAAUCGAUUAUGAUCAAGACGUUUUGAAUUCUUUGAAAGUCGUUGAAAAAGCUGCGAAACCAGAUGAUUAUCUGCGUCCAAGAAACUCGAGAAAGGAAUCAGUUUUCCGCAAACUUCCAAUACCGGAGCGCUCGAUGCAACACGAUUCGGAUACACUGGAUACCAGGAAAAACUCGAAAACCAUGUUGAAAAAUGAAUCGACCCGCCACUCAAAUCCAGGAAUUCGACUUCUGAAAGUUCCGAACAGAGAUUCAGACGAAGAAUCGGAGAACUCAUUCGACGACGGAACCACUCAGGAUGAAUCUGGAGUUAACGCGUUUUUCGGACAAUUAUCUGAUGAGAAAGAGGAAUCUCCGACGGCUGUCGAGUUCUCAAUGGCUGCACAUUUGACAGAAUUUAGUCAACGACAGGCGGCUGCUGCGGCCAAGAUGAACAUGAAAACACCGGAGAAGAAGGUUGUGGAGAUUGAAAGUGACGAGGAUGAUGAUCUCGACAGCAGUAUUAUUGCUCCGAACAGAGCCAAAUCAAAGGAUGACAGGAAAAGUGAUGAUAGUGACGAUGAUCUGAACGACGAGGAGGGUGAUGCGGAUCAAAGUAUCUGGGGAAGCGACGAUUAGAAACGAUUAUUUUUUUUUAUUGCAACCAGUAAAUAUAAUUAUUUUAAAUGUGAUUUAUAAUUUUGUGUCAUUCGGUUUUGUUUUAUACCCACACCUUUUUUAAAAAAAUAUCUGAAAUUGUUUCUUAUUCG